UGUUAGUAGAUGUGACAUGUGUCAUUUGAGGAUUGUUGAAUUUUAUCAAUUUUUAUUUGCCUAUUUCGAGAUUUUUAGAUAUCUUAUGCAAUGAGCGAUGGUCGCCCAGUAAGUGGUCAAUUGAAAAAGUUUGUUUUCCGAGGAAAAUCUACAAGUUUCGUUGAUUCUAGAGGUGAUUAUUUAGAAGUUGUUAUCCCCGAGCUCCUAUCGGCCGGUUACUCGUUCUACACGUGGCCGUCUGCACCGCUCUUGGCCUGGUACUUGUGGACACAAAGAAAACAUUUGCGCGGCCUUCGGGUCAUAGAGCUAGGUUGUGGAACCGGGCUGCCCGGAAUAGUGGCAGCCAAGUGUGGUGCCAAAGUAACGCUCACGGACAGUGUUUCCCUCCCACGAUCGUUGAAACAUUUGACCGCUUGUUGUGAAGCUAACGGUCUAGUCUCAGGCCGAGACGUGCAAAUAUUAGGACUAUCUUGGGGCCUAUUUCUAUCUGAGAUCCAUGAUCUACGCCCUAUAAAUUUGCUUUUAGCUUCAGAUUGCUUUUACGAGCCGUCCCAAUUCGAGGAAGUUUUGUCCACCGUAGCUUAUUUUCUAGAAGGGUCUGACGCAAAAUUUUUGUGUGCUUACCAGGAGCGGAGCACAGACUGGUCUAUUGAAGCUCUCCUUAAGAAGUGGGCUCUGAAAGGUGCAGUGCUGGACUUGGACUCCUUGAGUGAUACGACGGGUGUCGAUUUCAAGACCAUCAUCGGUGACAGAUCCUUGCAUUUACUAGAAAUUGUAUCUGUGUAGGUUAUGGCUAGCACAGCGAGAGCGGCUCGCCUCUACAUUGGCAAUUUACCUUGGACCAUUGGACACAAGCAACUCAGAGAUUACUUUUCUCAGUUUGGCCCAGUGCAGAAUGCGAGGGUUGUGUUU